GCACAACUCAGGUCUCAGCAUAGCUGCAUAGUCAGGCCAGCCAAGGGAUCUGAUCAUCACUUGGAGAGUCGACCGGUGCGAGACGAGGACGUCUGUGUUAGAGCCUUCUACACAAAUCAACCUUUGCUUCGCCCUUUCGCCCUUCGAGUUCCAACUAGCUGCGGCAAUUAUAUAUCACACCAAUAGCCAUCUACAGCAAGAAUACUUCACACCAGUAAUAUCUACAAGUUACUUUGGGCCUGCUUUUUGGUUAUCUUAUUUUCACCGUGCCUUGCACCAACUUCUGUCUGCUCACAGAGCUACUCAGUAUUUCAAGGAUACAAGAAGAGAUGUUGAUUACAAGCAGUUGAUUUUAGAGAACCAAGAUGCCUUCCAAGCUGGUAAUCCAUACCCUGAUGCCUACUAUGAUAGUAUUUGUCAAGGAGGGAAGUAUCACAGUGUAUCGGAGGAUACCCACUGGUCUCCAUUCCUGAUCACAACCAUCCAGUAUAUCAGAGAUCAUUACCCACAGCCAUGGAGCAAGGAUGCGACAAAGCUUGUUGUGUUCUUGUUGGGGUUUGCAUCCCACCAGGUAGCUGAUGUAUCCUGGCAUAGCCUAGGUAUUGACCAGGGAUUCCUUACAACAAUGGGAGAUAUCAACUUCUUUGGUUCCUUCCCUGAUGCCCAUAGUGUAGGAGAUGAAGGAGGAGAUGUUUUAUCUGAAGCUGAAUUGGAUUUGCAGUACAUUCGUACUUUAUCAAACUGGUAUGUACCUGUCAAGGACUUGUAUGAGAUCUACAAAAUAUAUUACAACAACACAGUCAUAAUGCAAGAGGAUGUCAUUGUAGAAUGCACAGCAAUUUUGUUUCUUGCCAGGUUAGGAGAAAAGCUGGCACUUUCCAAGCUGUAUAUGGAUUACUCAUCCAAGUCUCCAUUUAUGGUGGAGGAGUUUGAGUCUUAUUUCCUUGGAGGUGUUGAUGAUAUGGCAGUAUGGAGUCAGAGACUUUGGCAUGAUACUAUUGAUAUGCUGGAACAUGGAACUGAUGUUUGUGAGGUACCCCAUAAUCCCAUCUACAUUAAUUGUUCCCGAAACGCAAUUAAACCAAUACCAAAGAGAUUGAAGACACCUCUGAGAGGUCUCCGGAGCAGGAUCAACCUACAUGGCUUGGGUAGGAAGGAUGUAAUGAUUACACCUGCUACCAGAGGCAUCUAUCUGUCACCUGCUGAUUCUCUCAAGGAACAGCUAAAAACCCUUCAAGAAAGACUUGAAGAAAAGGAAAGAAGAACAAUGCUACGGUCUAGAAAUGAUGAGAAACCAACAUCAUCUUUCUAUGUCAGAGAUCCUUAUGCAAGACUUGGGCAGAGCAUGGCAAAAUCUCCCUGUAAUAAUAGUGAAACAGAGGACCUGAUCUUAGGAAGCCCUGGAUAUGGGUCGGAAGGCCAGGUCCAGACUGGACGAGUCUAUGUCAUCUAUGGAACUAACCAGAUCUUACAUAAUGGAUCGCAUGACUUGGAUCAACAGGCUGAUCUUAUCCUUCAAGGUUUCCAUGAAGGCGGUCGAUUUGGUAGUGAUGUAGUAGCCUUAGACAUUAAUCUGGAUGGUUUUGUUGAUAUUGCUGUUAGUGCACCAUCGGUUGGAUCUACAAACCUGACAUACCAUGGAGAAGUAUAUGUAUACUAUGGAACUAAAACAGGCAAAAGAUCAAUGUCUCCAGAUAUCACAAUUAAAUGUACACUAAUGUACUGCAACUUUGGUCGCUCACUAUCCACUGGAGACUUCAACAAUGAUGGCCAUCUUGACCUCCUGAUUGGGUCACCAUUUGCCCCAGCUAAUGGUCAUUCUCAAGCAGGCAUGGUAUCAAUCCUCUAUGCUGACAAAAACUAUCAAAGUUCUAUUGGGGUACAUCUUACAGAGAAGGAUAUGAAUCACACAUUGGAAGGAGAUCAGGAAUAUGGAUGGUUUGGUAAUAAGAUGAGAAUUCAUCCAGUGCCAGGUCAUAACUCCCUACUUCUAAUCUCACAACCAACGUAUCGUAUGUGUGCCAAUCCCAGUUGCUCCUACUCCCCAGACGACGUUCAGAGUGUUGGUGCUCUCUCUGUUUAUUCUACUGGGUCCUCCCCAGCUCUUCUGACCAGGUUGAGAGGACAAGAGUCCUUCCAGAAGUUUGGAUCAGGAUUUUGUGUUGGAGACCCUUUCGGGAAUGGCAGUCUAAUCCUGGCUGUUGGAUCAAAUACAAAAGAUAUAGAUGGUGAGAUUCUUGAUCUUUCGGUCAAGCUGACCGAUGCUGGCCAGGUCACUUUGUACAACUUGGACAUCUCUCCCUCAACCCAUGUGAGUCCAUCUGGUUCCAGUCCUACAAGGAUGCUAAGUUAUCAUCCUAAGAUGGUUUCCUUACAUCCUAUAGCACUCUAUGAGGGAGACAGACAGUAUGGCAGGUUUGGAGGAGAGCUUAUGUUUGAGGAUAUUACGGGAGAUGGAAUAGAUGAUUUGAUUGUUGGUGCACCGUUUAGGACACAAGAUAUCAGUGAAGAACUAUUCAAAGUUGAAGAAGGAAGCAUUUUUGUCUUUAAAGGUGGUGUUACCUUCCGCACAGGCAACGCAACAAGAUCUUGUGAUUUUCCCUCAUUCAUCAAACCAUGCCCUUUGGAAAAGGCCUCUAUUGUAUUAUCCAGCAAUGAAGGUGGAUCACGAUUUGGUUCAAAUUUAGUGACAUGGAGAUUUAAUGAGAAACCUCAUCUGGUUGUCAGUGCACCUCGGAGCAACAGGGCAGGACGGCUUGUAGGAGAAGUUUAUGUUUACACUCUCGAGAUGAAAUGAUCAACUCUCAAAGACGAAAUGAGCAACUCAAACAGGCAGUUCUGGAGAGGAUGGUACUUCAAAUGAGGUGUUUUCAAUAUGAUGGUAAACAUUGAUCAAUGUGUUCUCAUUUGUGACAGAAAAGUGAAUACAAGUGAGGUGUCAUGAAGUGGUGAUUAGUUUAUAUGGAUGGAUGGAAGAAUAGAUGAAUGAAAUGAAUGAUGGAUGAUAGAUGAAUGAUGGGUGAAUGAAUGAAUGAUGGUUCAAUAGUCUUUCAAUGUGAGAAACAGGUACAUUAAUCUUAUGCAAUACAAUGCUCUACAGGUAGUAUACAGGAUCUUAUAUUAUUUACAGAUGUAAACUUGUGGUACAUGUAUUGACAAUCUAUGAUGGAUGUAGACUUGUAGUACAUGUACGUGCAGAGUCUACAUUUGAUCGAUUGAAGAUAUAGACUUGUCUAUUUACGUAGAUUCCUAAGAGUUUUAGUAGACCUGUAUGUAUAGUAAUAGGGAGUCCGCAUAGAAUUUUUUAUCUUUGAAUUAAGUUCGAUUUACAUUUUGUGAUAGUGUACACAUCCAAUGUAUUGAAUUUUUUUAUUGCAAGUUAUAAGCAAACAAUUCUGAUGCUUGUCUACCAGUUAUUUCCUCAAAGCUUUCCUAACAAUGGUAAUUCGAAAGUAUGCAUACACAGCUCCGUCAUGGAGGGUCGCGAGGGAAUGGGAUGAACCUUCUGUCAAGCGUUGCUAAUUUUGUCAGUGUGCCAUGGCUCAGUGCUUUGACCCCCACUGGCUUCAAAAGUUCACUUUACCCACCCUUAUUGGUUCAUAGGCCUAUAAUAGUCUAAUUCUGGUCCCUGCUGAGAUAUUGAUCAGAGUGCCCCCAAAAGUAGUUAUUUUUUUUACAUAUUCUCUAAAUCUUUUGCAGGAAUUUCUAUGUGCUGAAUUUUUUUUAGCAGUAAAGAAAUAUUGAGGUGUACGAAAACUCAUCUAUGCAAAAAGAAUUGCUGACUCUUGCAAACUUAAAAACGAAGAAACAAUAUAAUUGAAAAAAAAAUAGAAAUUAAAAAAUCAAAACAUUGUUGCACACAAUAGAUAGAUACAUGAAUGCUAUUAGCAACUUUUGAUUAUUCUGUCACCUUUGAUACUCUCAGGACAUUUGGCCAUUGCUUUAAAGCAUUGUUGCAAUCUCUCUUCCAUGUACAAUAAACAGUGCAUUCUUGGUGCGCCCGUACAUAUUUGCAGUUUCUACACUUGUUCCUACAUGCACACUUCAGUAGUUCAGGGCAGGAUGACUUAGCUUCUAGCAAAUAUGUUCAUAGGGGCUUCCACUGUUAUGGACAAGUUCACCCCCCUCAGAUGGAGAAGGUAGACAAUUCUUUCAUGGACCUCCUUUUUUAAUAUUCCUUCACUUUCUCCUAGUACGUCUGCUUUCUAACCGAUAGUCUUAUUACUUUGAUAGCCAGGAAGAAAAUCUGCCAAUCUUUCUUUUCUAUGGACUUCAGUUGUUCCUUGAGUUCUUUUGAGUGCUCUUUUCCAAUUGACAGUGAUUGGAUAUAUCAGCGCAUUGUUGACACAUUUUGUUCGAAAGUUAUGAUGCAGUGUGCAUCUGGCAUUUCAAAAUGUCUCCUUAAUAUCAAAAGGACCACUUUUGAGUUAAACAGUGUGGUUUGUGUUACCAAUAGAGAGCUUUCUUGUCUUUUCCCGGUUUGGUGUCAUUUAACAACAAUUUAACAUUGUUACCUUUGUUCCCUGUUCAUUGUGCAUGUAGAUGUCCUUCUAAUAUCCAUAUAUAUGCAAUGCACAAAGGAGGCAUUAUUUCCCUUAGUUUGUGUGAUUUUUUUGUGGAAAACUUUAUGCCACAGCUGCAUUUGUUGCAUCAUGAUCUGUCAUGGUGUUCUUGAUCUUAUUGUAGAGAUCUUCCUUCCGUCAAUGUAUUGAUGGAACUAACAUAGUCAUUGUCAUUGUGUGUUAGGAGGCAGCCAUUAAAGGAUGAUGCCAUUCUCCCUGCAAAUACCAACAUCCUCGGGUGACUGGUACGUGCUAGGCCCAUGAGCCAUCAGGAGUACUGCUCUUGGGUAAGGAAUGAAUGAAAGAGCUUUGCAACAAAAGCAAAGAAUGACUUGGAAUCCAUCCAUCCACUCUCUGUUGCCGCAAAGAAUGUUCCACUGUGCGCGUCGGUCAUGUAUCGCCCACAAGCCUCCGUCCGUCUGCCUGGGACGAUGAUGACAGGAGGAAGAAAAUCUCCGAUGGCAUUCAUGGUUGCCAAGACGGUGAUCUGACUCUUGUCAGAGUUCCUUACCUCAUGGACAAUUUUAGAUCCCUUUUCUGCUAGAACUCUAGUCCCCUUGCACCCACCAAAUGGGAAGCCGCUUUCAUCGCAAUUGAACAUCCGCUUUCCUUCAAAGAGGACACUCCUGGCACCCACUCCUCCAAAUAAGUGUCUAAUUCGGAGAACCAUCUAUCAAUUCGGCCAGGGGUGACUAUGGCCCUCUCCUUCCCUAUUGGUUGGGAUUUUCUGAAGACCAGUUUCGGAUUCCUGGAGAGAAAAUUACCAAACCAUCUGUCACCAGGCCUGUUGUCUUUAAAGGAUGUAUCCUGACCAUCCUUAUCAAGCAUGUUUUUGACGACCUCCAAAUAAACAUAAAGAUAGAAAAAAAUAAUGUUAGCUCUGUUAUAACAAAGGUUUUUUUUAAAGACUUACAAUGAUCUUAGAAAAAAUUGACAUGAAAUAUUGAUGCCCUUGAAUAAGGACGAAUACAUAAUAACAAUGAUAUUUGUUCAUCUUAUUUUUCCUUGAAAAGUCAAUUGAUUUUCUUCCACUGACCUUUGACAAAGGGUGCAUUAAAUACUCAUUACGGGUGGGGUGGAUGAGAAUUUGAGUUUUGGGGAGAUCUGGAUGUAAUGAAUUUACAAUCACUGCCCUUGCCGAAGAACCAACCUUAUCCUUUAUCCUGAAAGGCUGACAUGAUAGGCAUAGCCCUCUUUUCACUGGAAAAUUGUACCUGCAAAUUAGUUUUUCUAUGUUUGUGGACUUUGGGGCCACACAACCAGAUGUGGAUGUCCUUGUCUUCUUAGUAUUCUUCCUGCGCUGUCUAGUCUAGUCAUCCUGACUCAAGAGAAAUACAUGUUUUUCUGCCAACAAAAUGUAGAUUGCACUUUCGGGCUAAAGAGGUAAUA